AUGACACCUGCGGCCCCGCUCCCCCUGCUGCUGCUCUGCCUGCUGAGCGGCCGCCGGCUGCGCGGGGAGCCCGGGCAAGGCGCGGGCACCUGGGCUCGCUUCGCCCGCCUGCCCUACCCGGAGGACGAGCUCUUCCUCUACGACACCUUCCCCGCGGGCUUCCUGUGGGGGGCGGGCAGCGCCGCGUACCAGGCCGAGGGGGGCUGGCGCCAGGACGGCAAAGGCGCCUCGGUGUGGGACACCUUCGCGCACCGGGCGGCGCCGGCCGGCGGGGACGUGGCCAGCGACAGCUACAACAACCUGUUCCGCGACACGGAGGGGCUGCGGCACCUGGGUGUCUCCCACUACCGCUUCUCGCUCUCCUGGGCGCGCCUGCUGCCCAACGGCACCGCGCCCCCCAGCCCCGCCGGCCUGGCGCACUACGGCCGCCUGCUGGCCCGCCUGCGGCAGCUGGGCGUGCAGCCCGUGGUGACCCUCUACCACUGGGACCUGCCGCAGCGCCUGCAGGACGCCUACGGGGGCUGGGCCAGCCCGGCCCUGGCCGAGCUGUUCCGGGACUACGCCGAGCUCUGCUUCAGGCACUUCGGCGGCCAGGUCCGCUACUGGCUCACCAUGGACAACCCCUACGUGGUGGCCUGGCACGGCUACGCCACCGGCUGGCUGCCCCCGGGCGUCAAGGGCGGCCCGCCGCUGGGCUACAGGGCGGCGCACAACCUCCUCCGGGCCCAUGCCAAAGUCUGGCAUCUCUACAAUGAUCGUUUUCGUCCAUCUCAAGGAGGCCAACUGUCCAUUGCCCUCAGCUCCCACUGGAUAACACCUCAAACUAUGACUGAACAAGACAUACAAGAAUGUCAAAAAUCCCUUGACUUUGUGCUGGGCUGGUUUGCGAAACCCAUAUUUAUUGAUGGGGACUACCCUGAGAGCAUGAAGAGUAACCUCUCAUCUCUGCUGCCUGAAUUCAGUGAUGCAGAGAAGAAGUACAUCAAGGGAACGGCUGACUUUUUUGCUCUUUCUUUUGGAGCAACUCUGAGUUUCCAGCUCUUGGACUCUCAGAUGAAAUUCCAUCAGUUGGAAUCACUAAGCCUGAGGCAGCUCCUUUAUUGGAUAAGUUGUGAAUAUAACAAGCCCAAAAUAUUCAUUGUGGAGAACAGCUGGUUUGUCUCUGGUAGCACCAAGCGUGAUGAUGCCAAGUAUAUUUAUUAUCUCAAGAAGUUCAUUAUGGAAACUUUAAAAGCCAUCAGAUAUGAUGAAGUUGAUGUCUUUGGGUACACCGUUUGGUCCCUCAUGGAUGGCUUUGAAUGGCAUAGAGGAUACAGCAUUAGACGUGGAUUAUUUUAUGUUGAUUUUCAAAGCCAUGACAAGAAGUUUUUGCCGAAGUCUUCAGCUUUGUUCUACCAAAAGCUAAUAGAGAGAAAUGGUUUCCCGCCUUUGCCUGAGAAUCAACCCAUAGAUGGGAAGUUUCCCUGCGACUUUGCUUGGGGAAUUGUUGAUAACUACAUUCAGGUAGACACAACCCCCACCCAAUUCCUUGACACUAAUGUAUACAUGUGGGAUGUUCACCAUACUAAGAAGCUUAUUAAAGUUGAAGGAGUUGCUACCCCAAAACGUAAGCAUCACUGUGUUGACUUUGCUGCCAUCAGGCUCCAGAUCUCGCUGCUGCAGGAAAUUCAUGUCACACAUUUUCAUUUUUCACUUAAAUGGUCUUUGAUUCUCCCUUUGGGUAACCUGUCUCAAAUCAACCACAGAUUCCUGCACUAUUAUCAGUGUUUUGUUAGUGAACUUCUCAGAGUUAAUAUAACUCCUGUUGUAGCUUUAUGGCAACCUAUGGCUGAGAACCAAGGGCUUCCUGUUGUGCUAGCCAAAGAUGGAGCCUGGGAGAACCCAGAGACUGUUCAAGCCUUUGUUGAGUAUGCCAAGCUCUGCUUCAAAAGUCUUGGCCACCAUGUCAAAUUUUGGAUUACAAUGAAUGAACCCUAUGGGGGGAACCUGACAUACUCUGCAGGACAUAAUCUGUUGAAAGCCCAUGCUAAAGCCUGGCAUCUGUAUGACAAAGAAUUUAGAAGAUCUCAGAAAGGUAAAAUAUCUAUAGCUCUGCAAGCUGAUUGGGUAGAGCCAGCCUGUCCUUUUUCCAAAAAUGACCAAGAAGUUGCUGAUAGAGUUCUAGAAUUUGACAUUGGCUGGUUUGCUGAGCCCAUCUUUGGGAACGGUGACUAUCCACAGGUGAUGAGAGAAUGGCUUCACCAAAGAAACAGCAUUGAUUUAUACAAUUUCCACUUGCCUUAUUUCUCUGAAGAAGAAAAGAAAUUAAUCCAAGGCUCAUUUGAUUUUUUAGCCUUAAGUCAUUACACUACUGUUCUUGUGGACUGGGAAAAAGAAGAUGCACUGAGGUAUGAUCACUAUCUUGAAGUUCAAAUGAUAAAAGACAUCACAUGGCUAACCUCUCCAAGCAGAGCCGCAGUGGUGCCCUGGGGACUGCGCAAAAUACUCAAGUGGGUUAAAUCAAAGUAUGGGGAUGUCCCAAUUUAUAUUACAGCCAAUGGAAUUGAUGAUGAUCAGAAUAUGGUUCAAGAUAAGCUGAGAGUAUAUUACAUACAAAAUUAUAUCAAUGAAGCUUUAAAAGCAUACACCUUGGAUAAUGUCAACCUACGGGGAUAUUUUGUCUAUUCUUUUAAUGACAGGACUGCUCCCAAAUACGGCCUCUAUCGUUACAUUGCUAAUCAGUAUGAGCCGAAGCCUUCCAUGAAACAUUACAGAGAAAUAAUUGACAAUAAUGGUUUUCCCAGUUCAGAAACUCCUGAUAGACUGUGCCCAGAAAUGCUUGUCUUGUGCCCUGAAUGCAACCUUUUCCAAACCAGAAAAUCUUUAUUAGCUUUUAUAUCUUUUAUAUUCUUUGCUUUUAUUGUUACUGUAUUCUUCAUUAUUUACUACUCCAGGAGGGUUGAAAGAAGAUGUAAAUAGUGCUGCCCCUUCGCAUCCAGCACUCGCUACUCCUUCAUCUGCAUUCCCUUGAGAAUUCUGAAAUAACAGCGCACAAGGUUGUAAUCACUUCAAUACUAGGGAACCAGUUGCACUUUAUAGUACUGUGAAGUGCUGAAGUUGGAAAUGGAUUAUGAACAUAGGGCCCUGAAAUCCUUCUCUGUGUUUUAGUACUUUUGGUUUAUGACAGAUCCUUGAUUGUUGUCAUCAAAUUUAUUUCAGAACUUUGCUUGAGGCAGGUUUUUUUCCACUCGGGUAAAGGUAUUUUUUAAAAAGGCCUACAAUUAGCCUGAUGGUGGAGACACAAACAAGGGUAUUAACUUAGAUGUAAAUUGGGUUUGGUUUUACUUUAAGACAUAUAGUAGUGGAAAAAUACAGAUGUGGAGUUCUCAGGGUGAAAGAUUGAUGAGAAACAAAAGAAACCAUCUCCCCAAACCAGGUGAUAUGGCACCUGAUACCAAACAAAUACAUGAUUUAAAUUAUCAGGAAAGUAGAGACUCAACAACUAUAUGUACCAAAAGGGAAAGGAGAGACUUCUUGCUACAGCAGAGGACAGGGAGUGAAGAGAUGAGGAACUUUUUCCCUGCUGUGCUGGUGACUUUGAGUAAAUCACUUAACUGCAAAGCAGGCUGCUGAUCCCACACUCCCUACCUGCUCUGUCUCUAUUGGUGCUGUCACCCUGCCAGUCUACUGCCCUGGCUCCAGGCUGUGGAGCAUGACCCAGCUCUGCCUUCCUGUGUCUAACCUGACAAAUCCAUCAGGAAACAGCAGCAAGGGGAAUUGACUCAUGUUUGGAGGGCAGUAAAGGUGGUUCCUGGCAAGGGGGCAGGCAGUGUUUAAUUUAUGCCAGAGCUUGCCAGGGUGAGCCCCAGCACCUCCAGGCUUGGUAGUUCAUAGCCCCGGCACUUCUGGGCUUGCUGCAUCAGUUAUACAA